GGAGCGGCGUUGCUGCGGGGCGCGCUGGCAGCGCGCUCGGCGAGUCUCCUUGGGGCCGUCCGUGUGUCCGCGGGCCGAGAUGGGCGGCAGCGCCAGCACCCGGCGCGUCACCUUCGAGGCGGACGAGAAUGAGAAUAUCACCGUGGUCAAGGGCGUGCGGUUGUCUGACAGCCUCAUUGAUCGGAUGAAGGAACCUUCCUCACCCAGUGGGAGACAGCACCGAGGAUCUGGUACAGUUAAUGAAGAAGAGCUGAAGAAAAGAAUAGCUGAGGAACUGGCAUUGGAACGAGCCAGGAGAGACGCCGAAGCUCAAAAGAGAAGAAUGAAACAAGAGCAAAUGUACAUUCGGGAUGAGUUUGGAAAAGUCCUGGAUCGGGAGAGGAUGUCCUCAAACGAGCACCUGGCCCGAGCCAUCAUCCGGGAGAGAGCGGCCACCGAGGAGGAGCGGCAGAAGGCUCAGCGCUUUGCCAGGCAGCUGGAAGACAAGGACAAGGAGCUGAGGAAACACGAUGCCUACUACAAGGAACAGCUGGCUCGGCUGGAAGAGAGGAGUGCCCAGUUCUACAAAGUCACCACUGAGCAAUACCAAAAAGCUGCUGAUGAAGUGUCAGCUCGGUUCAAGAGAUACGAGUCCCACCCGAUCUGUGGGGAGCUGCAGGAUAAAAUCCUUCAGUGUUACCAGCAAAAUGCCCGGGAGACCCUGAGAUGCUCUGCCCUGGCCAGCCAGUACCUGCACUGUGUCAACAAUGCCAAACAGCAGAGAGUGCUCGGGAGAGGAGGAUAAAGGCAUCAUCCAAAUCAAGCACAAGACCAUCAGCUAAUUUCAGCAGAAGAGCUUUUAUUUUCUCCCCAACAAUGAUCCAGCAGCCCAUUUGUGGGGCAGCCCAGUAAAGAGGAGUGGAAGAUCCCUUUGAAGAGCAGCACCAUCGCAGCUCCGUCGGCGCGGCCACUCGGGAAACUGAGAUCUGGAUUUUGUUCCAUCCAAACCCGCCUGUCCGAGGCCACUGUUCCACCUCAUCAAAGCYCACCUAUUGGUGAGGAAGGAAGGAGAAGAAAAGAACUUUUGGCUGACCUCAGAGAGGGGGAAUGUCUUUCAAAUGCUGCUAUUUCACUGUAGAAUCUCCUCGGCAAUAUCUGUCAGGUGUAACCAGCACGCGGCCGUUCCUGGGAGCAGCCCCCGCUCCCUGGGUCAGAGUUCUCCUGGCAGUGUAGGAUUGUAAUUUGUGCUUUAACUUAUUCCCCAAAUUCCCUGACUCCAUGAAGUGUCCCUGUGCAAGCCUUCUGCUGGAAUGAUGCCCGAGCUCCCACACCCGGGGGGUACCAUGGCCUUUAUUUACGUGGGAUGGUUCUGUUGUGCUCCUCGYUCGUAUCAAGUCCUGACGAAAAUGCCUCGCUCUGUUCCAACAAUAAAUCUUAUUUUAUGCACAAGA